AUGGUGAGCGCGGUUGGCGGGCCAGAUAAGGAGCAGGAUGCAUGCGGCAGUGGUACACCGGAUGCAGUGGCUACGUAUUUACAAGAAACUGUAGCCAAGACGCUAGCAGAAGGCAUAGCUGCUACCAUAAAGGCUCAACCCGAGGAUCCCCCCCUCUUUCUUUCCCGCUGGUUGCUGCAAUACGUUGAGGAAUGUCAAAAACAACUGCAGGCCUUCUCAACGGCACGGAACACUGCUUCAGUGGGUGAAAGGGAGGUAGUUACAGCACCUCAGACUUUACCUACGCAACUAGAGCUGCGAGGCCUUAAUACUUCCGACACUGAGGCCGUCAAGACCUUUCAAGAGGUGGAGUGGGUGGAAGAAGACGCAAUAGCUAAGGUUCUCAACCAUUUAAAGGAGAAACUUGGCGCUACAGGGGUGUACCUGGCGAAGUAUGAGGAGCAGAUACUUUCAAAAGACGAAGACGCGACGGGAGCCCUACGAUAUAUAGCUGCUGAUGAGAGCCACACCUAUAUGCUUAACUACUGCCUCCAUGAAGAAGAGGGGUUGACGUGGGAUUUGCUGCAAGACGACGAGCCAGGCAAGGAACUGGAAACACCGUCAAAAGACUCCAAAGACGAAGAUGACGGAGACGAAGAGGGAUUGUUCUCCGAAGCAGAGGCAGAAAACCAUUUGACGUCUAGCAAUGCUCCUGAAAACGAGAUCGAUAACCGGGUAACCCGUAAAAGCUUGAUUGUUGAGGAAGUACUUGACAAUCCUAGAAUUCGCUUUUUCGGUCCUACCCGGCCUGGAAGCUACAUAGCCGUCUCGAUGGAGUUAGCUGAAGUCGCAAAUACUGACUCGGUAAUGGCUCUUUUCAAUUGGAUGAAGGAGAAGCGAGAGAGAGAGGAAGCCAUUGCUGCUUCCCAGGAGCAAGAUGAAACAGCUUCAUCUGCAAGUGGGGAGUCUGGAGCUGCCCCUGUCUACGUAGGCGGGGGUGACGGCACUGAAGGGGACUUAGAUGAGGACGAUCGUGACCAAGAUGAAUUGAAUAAACCACUAGCGCCACCUACACUUCGCAGCACGCGAGAAAAGUACGUCCUCUGCGCUGAUUCACUGGGACAGGAGAUUUCCUUUGACACAGAGGCACUUCGGUGCCUCCAAUUUUUUGCUGAAGAGAUCGGGAAAACUAUCGUGCGAACUCAAAAAGAAGCAGUUGAAAGGCAGGCAGCUGAAAUGCUGAAUGCUCAUGAAAAGCGGGAUCUUGAGGAGCAGCUCUCAGAAUUGCAGCAAAACUGCUCAAUGAAGCUGCAACAAGUCCAGGAACAGCGUCAAGCUGACGCGCUACAACUCCUCGAUGAACAAGAAGCAGAGGAGAUAGCAGACGCCGAAAGACGAAGACAGGAACAGGAGCUAAGGCAACAGGAAAAGGCAGCAGCAAGGAAAACGACAGAAGAAGAGGCAAUGAAAAAGGAAGGAGAAGAAGAGCGCAGCGAUUUUCCAACCAGUGACAGCUUAUCAAAUCACGGCGAAUCCGAUGUAGACGCGAAAAGUGACGAAGAAAUACUUAUCCCUCCCCCUCUUUCCAGGCAAUGUGUUCUAGACGCUACCUCAACCCACGUUGCCCUUGAGCUUUUCAACGAAGAAGUCCUCACGCCCCUUAAAGAGAAAUUUUCGCUGAGUCAGUUCUCUGCUUUAGAAGAAGGGGAAAAUUCCUUCAUUGUAGACGGUUCCCCCAGGGACAUACUUGCAGUGGGACAAGUUUCUGGGUUGCUAAAUGCGCUAACGCGAUACAUUGCGGACUCUCCUAAGCUGGUGUCAACAGCUGCCGCCUGUGCCCUUCUACUAGGCUACGAGCUUAACUCUGCCAAUUUGAAAACUAGUGUGCCGGCUGGUCACGCAGCUCCAAGGAACUACAAAGACAAAGAGAAUGGCCUGCAAUUCAUUACGGAGAUGCUAGACAAUGAGAUUCAAACAGAGGAAGAACAUGCUCAGCAGCCCCUAGAAAUGCUUUUAUCUUCCUGGCUUAGUAGUGCAGUGAAAGCGAGGCAAAAGGAGCUGGUUCUACAGAAGGAAAAGCUGAGGAGGGCUGCAUUAAUUCAACGUGCCCCUCCACCUGAAGUCUCUCAACUCAUUGAAUUAGAUCCGGACUUUGCGUGUGUCGGAGAUAAUGAGGCUUGA